CCGUUCCGUACUUCAGUACAACGAGGCUGACCAAAAAUGCUCUGGUGCCAGAAGUCAACUUCCGGCUUCCGAGCACGGAUACGUACUGGAGCUGCACUUGCCGAAAUACUGCAAGGUUUACCUUUCUACUGUUCUUCACAUCCUUCAGCAACAUAACUUUCUCCACGAAAUGUUGGGCAUGAAGGGGAUCACGUUCUGACCUGAUUCUACCUACCUCCACCUUCGUCAACGCCCUCCCCCCCCCCUCCUCUCCCUGUUUGCUUCCUGUUUCUCGCUUCAUCUAGUCAAGCCGACUGACUGCAUUGAUUCUUCUGCAACUACGCAGCUCAGUCAGUCAUGGCUCCUACAAUAUAUUCGCGGCUCAAAGCGUACUACAUUGGCGUAGAGCCAGAAGCGCCCAUCAUCAGCACUUCUGCGGCUGUGCUUCUUCUGAUCGCAUACGCUCUCAUCUACGUGUUCCCCUUCUACGUCUCUUCAACUACUCGGCCUUCCCCGCAACUUUCGCGAGACGCCCCCUCAGUCAUUCGCGGCCGCAUUCGAUUAGUGACAUCGUCAUGCAUUGCCUGUUCCUUGGGAACUUUUGUCUUGUUGUCAUCGGUGGGUAGUGGAAGUCCUCUGAAGUCUCUACAUCUCAUGGGCUACUUCCCCGUUGGUGUGACCGAGGCAUCUAGAAAUCUAGGAUUGACUGCUAUCCUGUUUCUUGGACCACUCUUUGAAGCAGGCGUCGGAGAGGGACGAUGGCGAGACUGGAUACGAUUGCGUGGAUUCAGCGCUUCAAUUAGUAGUUGGAUAGGGUGGCGCAAUUUGGUUGCAGGCCCAGUAACAGAAGAAGUUCUUUUCCGCUCUGCGUCCGUCCCGCUUCUGCUUUUAUCCCAAACCUCCAACACUACCAUCAUAUUCUUAACGCCCAUUAUAUUUGGGCUCGCCCAUGUGCACCACUUCUACGAAUUCCGAAUCUCCCAUCCACAUACACCAGUCAUUAGCGCCUUACUGCGUUCGCUCUUACAAUUCACCUACACAACUUUGUUCGGGGGGUAUGCCACCUUCAUCUAUCUACGAUCCGGGAGCUUGUUGAGCGUGAUCUUGGUACAUGCAUUCUGUAACUGGAUGGGAUUCCCAAGAUUUUGGGGAAGGGUCACUUCUGUGCACACUGUGAUAGAAACAGACGUUAGUGAGGGGAAGCGAGAUGAGAAUGACAAUCCCACCUCGUCCAAUGAUGGAAGAUUGGGUGUUAUAUGGACGAUUGUUUAUUAUGUGCUUCUCAUUGUUGGCGCCGUGGCUUGGCGGAAACUUUUGUGGCCACUGACCGAGAGUGAGUCAACAUUAACGAAAUUCUGA